AGCGGUUAGUGAAGACGCAACUCUGCUGUGUUGGGUCUCGAUCGUUUUUGAAAACCUCCGUCGAUUGCGUACCCCUCCAAAAAUUAAGAGGACGACGUCGGAAACGCUCGAUCGGAGCACAUAGGACCGCCAGGGAAGGCCAGCAUGGCAGACGAGGCGGACAGAACCGACCUGCCGAUGGAAGAGUCCAUCGACGAAGGCUCCUGUUCGGCGAACGAGGCCCUCGGCGCCGACGAUGCGACCACCGAGGACACGCUUCUGGAGGACGAGGGACCUCAGCGGUCCAAGGAGCCUCAGGUCGUCGUGAAGUUCACGUACAGCGAGCACGCCGACACGGCGGCCAGAACUGACGAGGAGAUUGAGGAGAUACUGGGCAAGCUGAAGCUGGAGGGCUCAGACGUCCCCAGGCCUGUCCUCAAGCUGGAGGAGACCGGGCUCCCAGACGAGCUGGUGAGCAAGUUGAAGGACAUCUUCGGCAGUCAGCUGGGACCCUUUGCCUCCUACGGGCUGCCCUCUCUGCUGAGCGGGCGGGACCACGUCUCUCUCGGUGACGCCUCCAUGUCCGAGCGCGUCCUUUCGUUCCUUCCCCACGUCGUGGCACAUUGCCAGAGAAACAUGAAGGGAGACUGCAAAGGACCCAUUGCAAUGGUGGUGGCAUCCAGUUGCCGCCAAGUCCGAGACAUUUACAAGUACUUCCGGGAUGCUGGGAGGCCCUUCGACCUCGAGUGCCUGGAGAUCUCCGAGGAGACGUCUAACGACCGGGACGACUUCCAGUCAGAGUUCCACGUGGCGAUUGGGACCCUGACCGUGUUGCAGAAGGUGCACGCAUCCAACUACUUCCCUUUUAGCACCAUCUCGUGCGUGGUCCUGUAUGGGGUCGACGACCUCCUUGACCUGGGCUUCGAGGCACCCCUGGAGCAGAUUGUCCGGGACACUCACCCCGAGCGACAGCUGGUGGCCCUGAGUCGCACAUGGUUGCCCGACGCCAGCCGCCUGGUUGCCUCCCUCGCCUCGAACCCCAUCAUGGCCAGGCUCGGGGAGGUGGACACAGCCGCGCUGCCCAGCGGCGUCGCCGUCCACGUCCACGUCGUCUCCGACGAGAGCAACAAGAAGGCCGAGCUGCAGACGCUGUUGGAGGAGACCUUCAGGAAAGACGCCAAUUCAAAGACACUUGUCUUGGUGAAGACGAAGCGGAAAGUGAGGAACACGCAGAAGUGGGUGGACCACAAAGAUUACCCUGCCGGUGCAUUGAUUGCCGGUCGGGGAAAGGCCAAGACUUCCGAACGGGAUUCUGUUAUGAAAGACUUUAGGUCGGGGAAGCUGAAGCUGCUCGUCGCAACCGCCGCGACGCUGAAGGACGUGGGUCGGGAGGAGGUGAAGUACCUGGUGGUGUACGACUUCCCCGCGGCUCCCGGGGACUUUGCCCGCCUGCUGCGCCAGCACGCGUCCCAGCUCAAGGUGAAGGAGGUGCACGCCCUGUUCACCAACUUCCUGGGGCACCAUGCCCAGGGGGUCAUUGACCUGCUGCGGAGCUCCCAGCUGGAGCCCAGCGACAAGCUGGUCUCCCUCGCCCAGUGGGCCAAGGCGGCCGCGGAGGGCACCGGCCCUCCUCUGCCGACGAACAAACUGGGCGGUCCCAAGGGCGAAGGGGCGGGUCCGGACGACGAGGGUGCGGAUGACGACGCGGAAGACAGCGACAGCAGCGAAGAGGAAGAGGAUCGCCACCACCACCACCACAGCAGCGGCAGUCACCGAGACCGGGACCGGGACCGCGAGAGGAGGCGCUCCUACUCCCGGAGCAGGUCGCGCAGCCGCUCUUCGGACGAAGACUACGGCCGGUCGUCCAAGCGUAGCCGCCGUAGCGCGGCGGCAGUGGCGGCGGGGGCGGGGGGCGGCAGCAGCCGGUGGGGACCCCCCGUCGACGACGACCGGGACAGAGACCGCGGGCACCGCAGGGAGCGAGGCGGCGGUGGAUAUGGCGGUCGCGGUGGGGGCGGCGGCUUCAGGGGAGGUCGUGGCGGAUACCGGGACGGCGGCCGAGACGGAGGCCGCGACGACGACGGCGGCGGCUACAGGGGCCGCAGCUUUGGCGACAGGGGCGGGCGCGGCUUCGGGAGGGGCGGGGCGGGCUUCGGGGACCGAGGAGGGCGCGGGGGAUUCGGGGACCGGGGCGGGAGGGGCUUCGGGGACAGAGGGGGCCGCGGUGGUUUCGACAGGGGCGGGCGCGGUGGGGGGUUCGGGGACCGGGGAGGACGGGGCGGCGGGUUCAGGGACCGGGACGGCGGAUACGGGGACCGCGGAGGGGGGCGGGGUGGCGGCGGCGGCUACGGCGGAGAUCGGGACCGGGAUCGAGACCGUUCGUCGUCUUACGGAGACAGGAGCAAUGGAGGGGGCGGCGGUGGACGGUACGAGGACGGGGGCGGUUCCCGCUACCAGGGAGGGAGGGGCGGAGGAAGGGGAGGCGGGGAAGGUGGGCGGAGUCACGACGGGGGCGGUUACGGGGGUCGACCCCAAUACAACGACCACCAGCAGGGCAACAAUUAUGAGCAGGGGGGUGGCCGGGAGGGCUACUCUAGGGGGCCACAGCAGAGCUACGGGCAGGGCCAAGGGGGUGGCGGGGGAGGCGGGGGAGGCGGUGGAGGCCGGGGCGGAUACAGCUGGCAACAACAACAGCAGCAGCAGCAGGGCGGGCAGGCGCAACCGCCGCCGCAGUCGGCGCAGCCGGCUCAAGCCUCCAACACCGGCUACUACACGAGCUACCCGCAGACUGCGUCCAAACCCCAACCCGCCGCCGGAGGCUACCCCAAGCAGUACGGCGCUGCAGCAGGCCAGACGCAAGGCGGGGCGGCCUACAGCAGCUACACGCAGAAUGCGUACGCGGGUGGCGCUCAGCAAGAACAGCCGAAAACGGCUGCGUACACAAGCUACCCUCAGCAGUACCAGGGAGCCGCACCCGGUGCCGGUCAGCAAGGCUACCAGUCUGGCGGCGCGGCGGCGAACGCGGGUUCGCAGGGCUUCGGAGCUGCGGCUAACGUGGGUUCCCAGGCCUUUGGGUCCGCGGCGAAUCAGGGCUACAGCACCUCGUAUCCGACCACCGCCUACCAGACGGCGGGGGCGACGGGGGCUCAGAAGCCGGCCGCAGCCAAUCCACAGGCCGCCCCCGCCUACGCCACGGCACAGGGCCAGUACAACAGUUACGGCGGGCAGUUCGCGGGUGCGGGCGGGGCGACGUCACAGUACUACCGAUCGGGCAACCAGUAAGUGCCGGCACGGCCGAUCGAUUCGCCUCACCCAAAGCGACGGAUGUUUCCUUUUCCUUGGUUAUUUCGAAGAGCGACGACGAACGACUCGAGAUACGGAAAGUGCAACCUUGGUUCCUGUCGUUUGUCCCCCGUUUUUUUUUACUCGCGCGCGUCGGCCAGCUUUUUUUCGUCUGUUUUCUGGCUGUUGUCUUGUGCAUCCCCCGGAAUCAUAUUUUGAACGUGAAGUUGGGAGCUAAUGCGCCUGGCCUCUGCCAACUCUCUUCGGGGAUUCUUCCCCCGAUGAGCUCCCGCCUCUCUGUCGGCGGCUCGACUCUGCGGUUUCAUUAGUUUCCUUCUUUUGUCCUCUUUUCUCGCGUCUUCAUAAACUUUUUUUUUCCUUCUAUUUUUCCACACCUUUUUGGAUUUGGGAGUUCUCGUUUUAUUUUUGGUUCAUUCGCACAAGUUAAUCUUAGCUCUCCUCUCGUGUACAUAAAAAAAAAAAAAAACCCACAGAGAAUGCCAUUUUGGAGGGGGUGCCGUUGAUGACCAUUUCUCAUUACGUUGGGGUCCCACAAGACGGAUAGAUGGGGAUUUCUUUCAUUUUCUUCGCCGAGAUUGAUUGUUUAAAGAGGAGCGUCCAGAUUAGCCAUCACUCGUUUUUUUCUGCCGACGAUUGUUGUAGUAAGAAAUGCCUAAAACGGAAAAAAAAGAAAGAGAAUCAUGCGUGUAACCAUUCCACAUGUCUUCACAAGCGCGAGUCUUGUUGCAGCGACACAGAUUUGUAUGCAAACAAUCAUUAUGGUUCAGCUGUGAAUAAAGACACUGCUCAUCUGGA